AUGAAUCUCACGCACAUGAACUCAACCCCUGCGAGUGGAGGGACAGAGAGUGAUUUCUUAGACGCUGACUCUUCGCAAUGGAGUUCACAAUUGAGCUCCACCGUCUUCAUGGACGGUUUCGUCUCGUCAAUGACUGUUGUGAUCCUAGCGGAACUCGGAGAUCGAACUUUCUUCAUAGCUGCGGUGUUGGCUGUCAAGCAUCCGAGGCUCGUCGUGUUCCUCGGGCAGAUGGCCGCUCAGACAGCGAUGACCGUCGCCAGCGUCGCCUUGGGUAUGGCGGCCCAUUUCAUACCGAGAUAUGUCCUCCAUUACGUCUCCAUCGCGUGUUUCAUUCUGUUUGGGUUCAAGAUGCUCUAUGAAGUUCGUGGAUUGUUCAUGAACGUGAAAGACGACGGAACCGCAUCCCAUUCUGACCUGGAAGCGGAGCUCGGAACCGAGGAAAGCCAACGACGGAAUAGACGAUGGCGUUCUCUCGGCUGCGCUGCCGCCUUUUCUAUGACACUAUUCGCAGAAUGGGGGGAUCGUUCGCAGAUCGCAACAAUAAUAUUAGCUGCAACGAAAGACGUCUACGCUGUAGCUCUCGGAGCUCUGGUUGGACACGCACUUUGCACAAUCCUGGCCGUUAUUGCGGGACAUGCAAUGGCGCAGUAUAUCCCCGUUCGAGUCCUAACUUUGAUCGGUGCAUUAAUAUUCUUCGCGUUCGCCAUUGUUGCUCUCAUAUCGGGUUAUGAUGAGAUCGAGACCGAUCAGAAAACAGCCAACACGACUGCGAUUGAGGGCACCUCAAUAUAUUCGUGACAUUCUCCGACGAGGAAACUGCAAUCCUCUACUCAAGGGUCCCCGUUCCUAAAGUCUCCGAUCGUUACUCUAGUACAGCUAUAUAUUUAUAUAUCAACAGAGCGGAACGUGGCAGUCCGGCAGGUAAUUGAUA